AUGUCGGUGCUUAAGAGAAAACGUGGAGGACAGGGGCCGGGUGUGAAAGCAAAGAAAGUUAAAUUUGUACAAAAUGGAAUGAAACCUCAAAUUACAGAGACUGAACAAAACAAUGAAAUCAGCGUCCCAGCACCCGUGUCAAUGGUAAGUGCAUGUCAAACAUGAAAUAGCUAGCAAAACACUGCAAGCCUGGCUACGCUAACUGGUAGCUAGCUAACUGCCGUCUAGAAAAAGUUGCUGAUUUGUCUAGCUAGUUAUGUUGUAAUAUAAACAGCGACCCAACAACAUGUACUGUAGUGGACAGUAGUUAUCAGCUAUGAAACAAUGUUUUGAUUAAAUUGAUUUGUCUUCCAGGGCAAGUGGAGAAACAAAGAACGAGUUCUUGUGUUCUCUUCGAGAGGCAUCAACUUCAGAACACGACACUUGAUGCAGGACCUGAGGACGAUGAUGCCACACACUAAAGCAGGUUUGUUACCAUUUACAUAUUUGUGUUUUCUUAUUUGAGUGGUUUGGUGAUAUUGUUCAAUUCAUGUAGUUAUUAGCUAUAACCCUGGAAAAACGAUUUUACUCUUGCAGACACAAAAAUGGACAGAAAGGACAAACUCUUUGUCAUAAACGAGGUGUGUGAAAUCAAGAACUGCAACAAAUGCAUAUUCUUUGAAGCAAAGAAGAAGCAGGACCUCUACAUGUGGUGAGCAUUAGGUUUACAUCAGUAAAGGUGUCACUAACAUUUUAAACCAUCUCUUUGUAAAGUGACAUGUCUCUUAAAACCUUACGAUUUGAAUUGAGUCUGUAUUUUCUUUUAGGGUUGCAAAUGUUCCCCAUGGACCAUCUGCAAAGUUCUUGGUUCAGAAUGGUGGGUGUCAUCACCUUGACAUGACAAUAUUUAUUAUUGGUAUUUGUCUCAUCAACCAACUGUGACACCACAGCUAGUGGCAGAAAAAUAAUGAAAUGCUACUAUGAAGCUCUUAAUCGAAGCAAUAAUUUUUUACCCCUUUGUUUUAUGUAGUCCACACACUCGCCGAACUCAAAAUGACAGGGAACUGCCUGAAAGGAUCCAGACCGCUGCUGUCAUUUGAUCCUGUGAGUACUGAAGAUUCAGUCAUGGGCAAAAUGUUCUAGUGUUACAAACCACUUGAAACUUACUUCAUAUGGGCCUCACAUCACGAUUUCAUGAAUUUAGUUUUAUGUUCAUGCUUCUUUUCUUUCCAACAGCAAUUUGACAAGGAGCCCCAUUAUGCACUGCUGAAGGAGCUCUUUAUCCAGGUUAGCUUCGUUAUCAUUACUGCGUAAUUAUUUGUUCAAAGGGGAAAUUAUUUGUUUUGCUUCUCGUGUGAUGUGAUCAGUUCAGAAGUGACACUUCCGUUGUUGUUUUUGUAGACAUUUUCAACUCCUCAAUACCACCCCAGAAGCCAACCCUUUGUGGACCACGUCUUCACGUUCACUGUAACAGACAACAGGAUAUGGUUCAGAAACUAUCAGGUGAGUUUCACUUGCUUGUUCCCUCCAUCUUGAUCAUAUGUGGCCAACAUGAGUGACUCCAUUGGGAAGAGAAUAUUCAGAUAAUUUUUAAAUGCACUUUUAUAAAACACAUAAUCUGAUUGUUUUAAAGGUAGCUACUGUUCUUGAAUGGCUACAUGCAAAGUUACUUAUCAUACAUUUCGACUAAUUUCUGUGUCCCACAGAUCAUUGAGGAAGAUGCGUCAAUGGUAGAAAUUGGACCUCGCUUUGUCUUGAACCUCAUCAAAAUAUUCCAGGGGAGCUUUGGUGGCCCCACACUCUUCGAGAACCCACACUUUGAGUCUCCAAACACGGUAAUAUUUUCAAUUUACCCCCAGUGGAACUCGAUAAGAUUUGGAUUGGUGAAACCAGGAGUUGAGUAGAUCAUUGCGGUCUGACAUAAUGAACCCAUAGUCCAAUUACAAAAUAAGAAACGGAUCAUUUUGUGUUGAUACAUUUUGGCUGAGUUUACAAAGGCAACCCAAUUCUGAUUCCCCCCCAAUGUCGCAAUGUUAUAUAUUAUCAUGGUGCAUGUAUAAAGCACUGGGGAGCAACAAUAUACUGUGUGCUGGUUUAUAAUUUGUCUCCUCCCCACAGCAUCGACGUCUGAUCCGCAUGGCCACGGCCUCCAAGCUGAGAGAGAAACAGAUGGUCAAGGAGCUCCAGAAACUGAAGAGGACGGAGAACAAGGAGGUGGUGACUAGGGACGUGACGGACGACGUGUUCGCCACGCCAGCCGAGGAGAGACCAGUCCACAUAGAGCUAGAGGCCCCCGCAGCGAAAGUAGUGAAGAAGAACAAACACAAAGCUUUCAAACGACAGAGAAAUCAGAAGCGUUAG